CGCCCGCGCAGCCCCCGCAGCACAGAAGCCCAGUGGGUGGUGAGCACCCCUACCCUCCUGCUGCUUUGGAUCAAGGAGAAGUAAGUUGCUAGAGUGGCACCAGCUGCUGCUAGUUGGAUGGCUGGUGGCAAGAGACCUCGGUGGAGGACUGCAGGAGUAAAUAUCAGCAUGACUAGAGUCUGAGGAAGGGCUUCUGUGUUCCUACCAAGAGCUUGCUGGUGCAGAGGAGCAGUGCAAGGACAGCAGGGGCAUUUUGAGCUACCAUGGAUAUCCCCACCGAUUUGGUUCCAUCAUCCAUGAUGUCCCAGCCUGAGGUGGUUGAGUCCACAGCCAUGAGUGAACCACAAUGCUACUACAAUGAAACCAUUGCCUUCUUUUAUAACCGAAGUGGAAAAUAUCUAGCCACUGAAUGGAACACUGUCAGCAAGCUUGUAAUGGGACUGGGGAUUACCGUCUGCAUCUUCAUAAUGCUGGCCAACCUCUUGGUUAUGGUGGCUAUUUAUGUCAAUCGCAGAUUCCACUUUCCUAUUUAUUACUUAAUGGCCAACUUAGCUGCUGCGGACUUUUUUGCAGGGCUGGCCUACUUUUACUUAAUGUUCAACACAGGACCCAACACUAGAAGACUGACUGUAAGCACCUGGCUUCUCCGUCAGGGCCUCAUUGACACCAGUCUGACAGCCUCUGUAGCCAAUUUGUUGGCCAUUGCUAUUGAGCGGCACAUUACAGUUUUCCGAAUGCAGCUACAUACUCGGAUGAGCAACCGCCGAGUGGUCGUUGUAAUUGUCGUUAUCUGGACUAUGGCCAUCGUCAUGGGUGCCAUACCAAGUGUCGGAUGGAACUGUAUUUGUGAUAUCACUCACUGCUCCAACAUGGCACCGCUCUAUAGUGACUCUUACCUGGUCUUCUGGGCUAUUUUCAACCUGGUCACUUUUGUGGUCAUGGUGGUCCUAUAUGCCCACAUCUUUGGGUAUGUUCGCCAAAGGACUAUGAGAAUGUCCAGACACAGUUCUGGACCCCGCAGGAAUCGGGACACCAUGAUGAGCCUCCUGAAGACUGUGGUCAUUGUACUUGGUGCUUUCAUAAUCUGCUGGACCCCAGGAUUAGUCUUGCUGCUCCUUGAUGUUUGCUGUCCUCAGUGCAAUGUCCUGGCCUAUGAAAAAUUCUUCCUGCUCCUGGCAGAGUUCAACUCUGCCAUGAACCCCAUCAUCUACUCCUACCGAGACAAGGAAAUGAGUGCGACAUUCAAGCAGAUCCUCUGCUGCCAGCGCAGUGAGAGCACCAAUGGCCCCACCGAAGGCUCGGAUCGGUCGGCAUCCUCCCUCAACCACACUAUCUUGGCUGGUGUUCACAGCAACGACCACUCCGUGGUGUGAAACCACAGCCAGCCGUGUGACCAACAAAGAGCAGUGGGCCACACUGUGCAUGGCCCCAGGGAAGGUAACCCACUCACAUUUUCUCAAACACUAAUGGACUACAAGUGCAUCUUUUCCAGGAGGCCUGACAUACCAGUGCAGACUGCCCUGUCCACGGGAUUGGCCGUGCUGCAAAGCCUUUGAUUUCUACUUUGAAAAAGUAGGACGCAGUUGCUUUGCAGUGGAGGUCAUCAAUAGCCCACGGAAAGCCUUGCUGAGACUUUGUUGGACUUUGCUGCAUCUUGGUGCCAGUCUGAAUCAACUCUGAUUAAUUAAGCUUAUACCUGCUUCACUGCUUUUACAUGUAGCCACUUAUUAUUUUUUAAAAGGGAGUAAAGGGGAUAAAAAUAUGCCUAUCAUUUAAUAGACUUGUAAUAUGUAUCACCAUCAGCAUGCUUGUGAUGAACAUUUUCUGUGCAGGGAGUAAAACUGUCCUCUAGUCUUUGUAUCCUUAGACACAUUGUCAUAACUACAGUAAAAAGAAAAGGUUUUUUUCUAACACAGGCAACAGGAAGAUGGGAAGAAGAGGGAAACUGGUUCCUCUUACCUUCUUUACUGGCGUUAGAGAAUGCAUGUUCUGUGUGUAUGCAGAUUGUUUUAAUUAUGAAAAAAAAAAAAGCUCUUUGUAAAGUCUGCUGGAAAGUAGAAAAGCUAGACUGUAUUCCAGUGUUUGUUUAGAUUAUGAAAUAAACAGUACUUUAGUCACAAUGUAUAUAAGGUUCUUCUUUGAAGUGCAGUAUGAAAUUUGUAACAUGAGGGAUACCAAGUUUUUUAUUGAUAAGUUCUUAAAGUAGGACAUAUCCCUAAGGCUCUUAAAGGGCUACAGUCAGGUCAGUAGAUUGCAAAAACUGUAUUUAUAUUCUUAGAAUGCUUUUCUAUUAAUGGCAAAAAGUGUAUGCAUUUUUAAUGGAGGAAAAAAAAGGUAUGCGCUUAUGAAACUUCCUGUAACUGAGAACAAAACAUCUUCUGCAUUUCUGCACUGCGAAGUAUAUGUAGAGUACUGUUCAAAUGAUGCCCCCUUCAUUUCAAAACCAUUGGGCGACUAAGAACCAAUGCACAAUUUUAUUUUGUAAAGUCAACACUUUACAAGGUAGUCAUCCAUUGCAAAUGAAUCGACCAUAUUUCAGCUAGUAGCUACACAUGUGUAGUGUUAUAAAUACCUAAGGUAACUUUUUUUUUUUUUUUUAAUGUGAGACUGUUUUGAAGAGAAAUGUCACUCAUGUGAAUACCAGUUGCCAAGAAUCACUGAUAGUAAAUAAAACUCAUUAACAGGGGUAAACAUGAGCAAAGGUGGGAUCUUGCUGAUAAAAAACUUGGGACCUCUUUCCAGGAAAUUAUGUGUUCUCCUAACAAUGUAAAUAUAUCAACAGUAAAUUCCUGACACUGUUUUCAUCAUUUUAAUUUGUUUCUAUAACAAAAAGAAAAAAACAAACAAAACUGAAAGAAAAAAACAAACAAACAAACAAAAAAAGGCAAGCAAGUUAAAAAAAACCCAAACAAACCACAUUCACAAAAAAGCCCCCCCCCCCCAAAGAAACAACAACAACAACAACAAAACACCGAAAAACCCACACCCAGAGGUAUAUAUCCUUCAUUGUACCAUACUGGAAUGUAACUUAAGGAAUGAUAUUCUCCCAUUUGGGCAGGGAAAAAAAUGGAGAGUAGAGGGUCAGUCCAGCAAAAUCCAGUGUUUUCAUCAUCUCUUGCUUUGAGGAGAUGCUUGGAUUUUAUGCUUCCAAGCAUAAAAUUGCUUAGAAUAGGCAGUUCCUUGCUGAGAGAGAGAAGAGAAACAAGUGAUCAAAACCUGCCUCUUCUGAAUAAAGUGAGAGUUUUGACACUGCUUUCAGUAAAACUGAAAUCCACCUGAACUGCUGAGCUAGUUUUGUGUGGACACUAUGGAAGAUGGAGUAGACAGAUAGACUAAACGUAACAUUGUCUGCCUGUUGACUGUUUUGAAUAUAUCCACUUGCUUUGAACAAAACCAGUCUUUUUUUCUGACUCCAUUUGAGAGCAAGUGAAUGUACAGGUUGAUUUGGUUUUAUUCACAGAACUGUACUGAAAAACAGAAGACCAGGCUGUAUGAACUUUUUCAUUUAAAAGCGUCUGCUUGCUAAUCCACUCAGAAUUUUUCCCUAGUUCCUUGAUACUUGAACUCGUGUAGAUAAGCAGAAGAAAGGAGAGGACAAGAUUGCCCCCAAAGACAGGGGGCAUCUGACAGAAAAACGAUUUCCUUUUCUCAAGACUCCUUGGAAUUCCUUUCUUCCUUGGGUCCAGCUAGAGCACCUUUUCCUAACAUCCCCACAAAAGUAGAAGAUCAUAAACACUUUAUUCUGGGCUUUGGGAGGUUUUGGUCUGGGGAGUUGCCCUAUCCAAGGGUUCUUUUCCCUGCUUUUUGUUUGCAUGCUUUUAUUGAACCUCAUGUGGAUAGAGUCGGAAGAUGAUGUUACAAAAUAGCAGCAAAUCAUUCACCCUAUCUUAGCCCCUGGAAGUCUGAUGGCUUUUGAGAAGCCAGGAGUGAAUAACUUUAAAAAAGAGGUGGUAUGGUUGGUUGAGACAUGGAUGGUUCCAGAGGCCUCUUGUGAAGACAGAUGCCCAAGGAGGUUUUCUGUCAUCGUUAUUGUUACAGACGGCAGUUGCUGUCCAGGUACAUUGACCAGCCCAAGGAGGAACACAACAAUUUAAGAAGCUGAACCUUUUGAACUCUCAGCAGCAAUUAAAUUUCAUUUGUCAGAUAUAUUAGUCCAGGAGCCUGUCUAACAGCAGAUGGAUUUUCUUCGAAAAGGUGAAGUGCAAUGUUUCAGAUCAAGUGCAACAGGAAGAAUAUUGUUUGGAAUUCUGCUAGAGAAAUUUACUGAGCAUAUGGCUGCUGUGUAAAAAUCUGACUAGUGCUUUAUGUUGUUGACAUGUUGUUCCUAUAUCCCUAAGAAAUCUGAUCUGUGAAUUGAGUAGUUCUUUGCAAGCUAAUGAAAUUAAAGCUCCAGUGAGCAAAGAGAAUAAAAACCAGAGCCUGAACAUUUGCUGUGUUCCUUAGAAUGGUUCCCAGCCAUUUGUUUCCAUCUCAGGAUUUUUUUAUGGUUUGCUCUUCAGAUUUUCCAGCCUCAUUGUGCAGUUGUAGAACUUACUUCUGCUAUGUGAAAACAUGGUGCAAAGUACUUAGGGAAAAAGAUUGCCCCACUUAUUUUUACUUAUCUCAAAUUCUUCAAAAGGUUUUAGAAGACUUCUUAAAAUACCAACGAUCCUCCCACAGUCAUUAAAAUUCUUUUGUUGCUGAUUGCCUCUGGUCCAAGUAAAUCCUCUUGAAAUUCAAAUGUAGUGGUGUUUGUGUCAGCAAUUGUAGUGGUGGGAAGUUGUGUAUUAAAAGGAAUAUUAUUUGCAGAUCAAGGAAAAUGUGUUUUUCUACUUCAUGUAUUUUCAGUGACAGUACAAAUAGGAAAACUAAUUUAAAAGAUUAUGAAAACUAAUUUAAAAGAUGGCCUUUGAUUUUUAAUUCCCUAUUGCUGUGAUAUAUAGAGAGGCUAGGUAACUUACUGGUCAGAAAAAGCAUGACCUUUUUAUAAAAGAUUGAAAAUAUAUUCUGUGUAUUUUGACACAUUGGUUUUCUUGUCAGCCCCUUUUUUUGUUCUGAGUUUUCUGGGAUCCCUUCAGGCUUCAGGCUGGCUUCUGACUGAGAUACUAAAAGCUGGGCAGAUAGAAGAGAGAACAGACCAAAAAAAGGCUCUUUCAGUGAUUCCUAAAAUUAAGCAUACCUCUCCGUCCAUAGUGCACCAGUAAUGGACUUUUUUUAAAAUAGUUGCUACAAGAUUCACUUUUUUUUUUUUUUUUUUUUUUAAACUCUACUUUUGCCAAAUAAUCACAGCUGUAGCAGCAUUUAAACAAGCAGGCAGCAAAGGCUCAGAGCAGGCUACUUGGCAGAAAGGGCAGGCCUGCUAUCUUCAUGGGGCAAACUAAGCCUCAGUAACUCAGAUGUCAAAGAGGAAAGGACAUGUCUUAUGUCCAGUGUUUUAGUUUUCCUUCCUCUGCUAAGAACCUUCUUAGUAUCAACAUAAAUUUGUCCCAGUAUGGGAUUGUACUGAAAUGAAACUUUUUGGGUCUUUCCAUGGACUACCUUUUGAUCUGGACUGGUGUGGUGGGCAGGGGUUUAACCAUGGCCAGUCUGGGUCCCAGGAGCAGUGUGUCAGGGGAAACUCAAGUGGGCUCUGCUUCUGAAGGAGGUUUUAUAGCUUUUUCUGACCUUUGUGUUGCUCCAGAAGUAUGCUCCCAGGUACCAUACUUAACUACUGUAAAGCCAUCUGGAGUUUCUGUGACACUACUGCAGCCAGAUCUCUCUGCAGUGGGUAUCCACAGACAAAACAUGCAGCUUUUUCUGUGAAAGAAAAGUCUGCCCUGUAGAUUGCUCUUCCCAGGUGGGAUUAAAAAGAACACCAUCAAAGGGAGAGGCUUUGCAAACACGCCUGGUCUGUCUUUCAGUCUGUAUGAACCAAGGCGAUGCAAAGCAGAGUGGGCAAAGGCGUUUCUGUAGGGCAUUGUUCCCAUCCCGUUCAGAGGCAUGACCCCAUUCCUGGUGUCGGUGUAAUUGUUCUGGGUCCCUUCUGACUGGGAGACUGGAUGUAGCUGACAGAGGUCAGUCUUAGCAAACCGGCUGGUUUUUUCCACUUGCUGCAGAGGUAAAUAUAGGCUUUUCCUUUUUCUGGUCCUGUUAAGGGCUUUACUGUUACUGCAAGUGUACUUGUCAUGUCCUUUCAAACUAGUUCUUGCUGUGAGGCAUCAAUCUGUGCUAUACCUAUACACUGAUGUGUUUAAGGAUGGGAUUUGCAACUGCAAUCUCAUUUGUUCAGACAAAUGGCUUGGGCUUUACCAUUUGAUUGGAAAGGCCACCAGUAGAGAGUAGUAUUAGAGCUUAAAAAGUACUGACAUCCACAGCUGUCCAGCCACAGCUCCUUAAGAAAAUGUGCCCUUAUCUUUCCAUCCGUUUUCUUCUCUUAGAGGAUUUUCUAAGAAGCUAUUCACUCAGCUUCUCCUUUCUAAAUCUCUCAAGGAGGAAAAAAAACCAAAAAGUUUGAUAUUUAAAGAAAAUAAACAAAACACCCAAAGCAAACCAAAAAGAAAAUUACAACAAAAACCUCAUAAAUCAAACUAAAAAAAAAAAAAAAAAAAAAAACCAAAAAAAACCCCACAGAGCACGAGGAUAUUCAAAUAUGCUGGCUGUCUUCUGCGGUACAUGGAAGCCCAACACACUGAUAGCUGCCAGCAUUUUGACAAGAGCCUCCAUGAAAUGUUCCCAUUUGCCUGUGAUAAAAUUCUGAUAACCAGAAGUGUAUGUGGGAGACUCAGGAAUCUGUUAAUUUUUCCUGUUUAAAUAAAGCCGUGUUUGUAAUUCAAAAGUAUUGAGAGAGCCAAUGAGCUUUGGCAAACAAUUUUGUUACUAAGUGCACUUACUGUAAAUGUUUAGAAGCUGUAUCUAGUACAAUAAAGUAUUUGGCAUGUAUAA